CAUUACAAAUAGUUUUAAAAUAAAAAAUUAAUAAGGAUGAAUAAAUGUCAAGAAUGUGGCCGAAAAGAUAAUUUUGAUUAUUGUAAACCGUGUAACUCUGUACAUUUCCGUAAUAAUUUUAUACAUUGGGCCAGCGGUGAUUCAAAUCUUGAUAAACUUAUUCAAAAUUCACAACUCAAUACAACAAUGUCAUGGAGAUUAAUUGAAUGGAUUGAAUACUCAAAUCUUGAAAAUAUUGAACUUAUUGCUCAUGGUGGUUUUGGAAGUGUUUAUAAAGCUAUUUGGAAAGAUGGUCCAAUUGCGGUAGGUAAACAAGCUUGGAACUUUAAUAAAUCAGAAUGGCGACGAGAAAAUAAAAAGGAAGUGGCGGUAAAGAAAUUUCAGAAUGCGAUUAAUGUCAGCCCAGAUUUUUUGAAUGAAGUUAAUUCUAAUUUAAAAAUGAAUAGUAAGACAGGUGGCUUUGAAACUAUUUGAAUUUAUGGAGUGACUCGUGAUCCGCAAAAUGGGGAAUACGCCAUUGUUACAGAAUUCAAAAAUGGUGGUAAUCUAAGGAAAAUGAUUAAAAAAA